CGUUCUGAGAAAAAAUGACGGACCGUGGCGGAAGGCUUUAUAGCACUAAUGUAAAAAAAAACAGUGGGUUUUGAUAGACGUAUUAAAUCCAUGUUGUAUUACUCUGGAUAAUCAUCAGGCAUAUAAUUAACGUGGUAAUUAAUGUUAAGCAUCUGAGUAAAGUUAGCGUUUAAAGGAGCAAAGAAAAAACGUAUUUCCAGAUCAUGUUGGAAAACUCUCCAUCUCCUCUGCCUGAGAGGGCCAUUUAUGGGUUUGUUCUCUUCCUCGGAUCACAGUUUGGCUUCUUUCUGUAUUGCUUAUGGGCUUUCGUGCCAGAGGAUUGGCUUCAUUCAAUAGGGCUCUCUUACUGGCCUCAAAAGUACUGGGCUCUUGCGAUGCCAAUCUACUUGCUGGUCGCAAUAACAGUCUGUUUCAUUCUGUUAUUUGGUGUGAACAUGAGCAACACGGCACCGCUGGACUCUGUGGACAACAUCACAGAUGUGUAUGCACAAGGCCAGAGCACUGAGUCCUCCCGUAACGGAGGAAUACCCCGAUUGAAGGAUGUGUCAAUUAGUGAAGUCAACAAAAUGUUCUAUUUAUCACCCAGUAUGUAACAAGCACAGUCUGAUACUGCUGUGGACAGAGCAGAAGUAAAGCUGCAGGGGUUUUAUUUUGGUGUUACUGUUUGUCUUUUUUAUGAUAUGUUUUGUGCCUUAUUUAUAAGAAGAUAUAUUCUGUUGACUUUUUUGUUGUUUAAGCGUCUUUAUAAUGGUUAAAUGUGAAUACACUGGUCACAAUAAGAUGUAUAUUGAAUGAAAACAACUGUAAAUGGCUGUACUGUCUAUGUUAAAAUACAGAAUGUUUAUAUUUAUUAUUCUGUGCAAUAAACAUGUCAUAAAUAAUCAUA